AGACUCCCGGCGCCAGACCAAAGGCAGCUCCUGGCAUGGAAGUGGGAGGGAGCAGACAUUAGCAACACCCUGGAAACUCUGUUCUACAUUGAAGACACCAGAAGGUCCACAGGCCCUGCCUCUGCCCCCGUUUCUGAGAGCAGCCAUGGCCCUGACUGACAUAGACGUGCAGAAGCAGAUCAAGCACAUGAUGGCGUUCAUCGAGCAGGAAGCCAACGAGAAGGCGGAGGAGAUAGACGCCAAGGCGGAGGAAGAGUUCAACAUUGAGAAGGGCCGCCUGGUGCAGACCCAGCGGCUGAAGAUCAUGGAUUAUUUUGAGAAGAAGGAGAAACAGAUUGAGCAGCAGAAAAAGAUCCAGCUGUCCACCAUGAGAAACCAGGCUCGCAUCACGGUCCUGAGAGCCCGAGACAAUCUCAUCUUAGAAUUGCUCAAGGAUGCCAAGAUGAGGCUCAGCAGAAUUGUGUCGGAUGAAGAAAUCUACCAGGACCUGCUGGAUAAGCUCGUGCUCCAAGCCUUGCUCCGGCUGCUGGAGCCUGUGAUGAUUGUCCGCUGCCGGCCACAGGACCUCCACCUGGUGGAGUCUGCGGUGCUAAGAGCCAUCCCUCAGUACAUGAGGCUCUGCCAGAAGCAUUUGGAGGUACAGGUUGACCAAACUGAACACUUGCCUUCCAAUGCUGCUGGAGGGGUGGAGGUCUACAGCAGCGAUCAGAAAAUAAAGGUUUCCAACACCCUGGAAAGUCGGCUGAAUCUCGCGGCCAUGCAGAAGAUGCCAGAAAUACGAGGGAUUCUGUUUGGAGACAACACCAGCAGAAAGUUCUUUACAUGAGGCUCUGGGACAGGGAGCCUGGGCUAAACUGCAGAGCCUUCAAAGUCUAAGUCAUUUGGACAAAGGGAACUGGGGUGGGGGUGGGGUGUCAUCUUCCUCUGCAGCCCUUUCCUAGCUUUGAAUAGCUAAGAGUGUUAUACACUGUUAACUUUGGAAUAAAUCCCAAAUUAUGCUCAGAA